AUGGCAGACAAACAGCGUUCUCAAGCUCAAACGACAACUAAGAAUACCACACACUACAAUCCAGAGCAUGAAGACCAGGGCAACGAGGAACAAGCAUCUUAUACUACCACCCAGCAAGACCCGGGCUCUCUCAGCUCUGCGCAACCCAACUCCACACCUGCAAUGGCAGAUAAACAGCAUUCUCAAGCUCAAACGACAACUGAGAAUACCCUACACCACAAUCCAGAGCAUGAAGACAAGGGCAGCAAGGAACAAGCAUCUUACACUACCACCACCCAGCAAGACCCUGACUCUGUCAACUCUACGCAACCCAACUCCACAACACGAAAACUCUCCGCCGCGCAAAAAAAAAGUAGGGGCUCUCAACUUCUUGCUCCUGUGGCCGAAAAAGCUCAGAGAUCUCGAAAUCUUACCACCCAUAAAGUCAUAUUUGACGAAAUGGCGGUUACGGAAGAGGGAGACCUCAUUGAUAUUGGACUGACUCAAUCAACGCAGCCCGCACAGGCUGUCCGCAAGAUGUAUCGGGCGGCACUUGGAAGACCGUGGGAGCUUUGA